AUGGGUAUCGGUAACCUCCCGAAGGCCACGAUUCCUCAGAAACGCGCCUCGGAUAUAAUUGACCUUUCCUCUGAUGAGGAUGGAGAUGACAUGGUGGAGGAUCGCGCAGACAUCAAGCCUACUCUCUUUUCGCGCAAGGUAUCUCAGCCUAGCUCCCUUGCCGUCCUUCUAGUUAUUCCCAAGCCCGCCCCUGAAGCGAAACCCAAGGAGAAGGCUAAGGCGAGAUUGAUUGACUUUGAAUCUUUUAAGUACAGAGGUCAAGGGAAGUCAGGCCUGCCAACCAACGGAUCCAAGACGGGCGGUCCGGCGCGAGGUCGGGCGAAGAAUGUCGUGCGGUCAACAAAAGCGACCACUCCCGAGGUCCCUAUUACUGUCCUUUCUGACAGCGAAGAAGAUGCCUUCGACUCGGCCACAGACGAUGGUGUGCACACGGAAGAGGACGAGCGCCUACUGAAACUGCUCAACGACUUGGAUCUCCAGGAUCUUGCCGCUCUAACCGGGGCGGCGGAAGCCGAUCUGAAGCUCCUCAUCAAGAAGCGCCCAUUCUCUUCUAUCUCCAGUGUUGAAAGCGUCUCCAAGAUCAAAGAAGGUCGGGGAAAACAGAAGAGGCAAAAGGUUGAGAUUGGAGAGGCCAUCAUCGACAAGACGCGAAAUUUCAUGCGGUCUAUCGCUAUGGUGGACAUGGUCGUGUCGGAGAGCGAAGCCCGUGCGGCAUUUCUCAAGAAGCAGUUUGACUCAUGGCACAUCGACGCUUUCGGUCAGAAGAAGAAGGGGAAGAGUUCGAGUGCGGGCUCAGGCUUUGUCGAUACACAGCCCUCUUACAUGUCCGAAGAGACACCGAUGCACGACUUCCAAGUAUUUGGAGUCAAUUGGAUGAACCUCCUCUUCAAGAACAGCUAUGGCGGGAUACUUGCGGAUGACAUGGGCCUCGGCAAGACAUGUCAAGUUGUUGGGCUCAUGGCGCGGAUGCUUGACGACUACAACAACGAAGAGACCAAGGACUGGCCAUUUCCCAACCUCAUCGUUGUGCCCCCAUCCACCUUGGAUAAUUGGAUCCUAGAGUUCAAAAUUUUCGCAAAGGACGACUUGCGCAACCUGAACGGUCUCGGCCUGAACGCAGCAAUCUUUGACGAGGGACAGAUCCUCAAAAACCCAACUACGCUCCAGUACCAGCGCCUCCAUCAGCUACGGACAAGGUGGCGGUUACUCAUCUCAGGCACGCCCAUCCAGAAUCACUUGAUGGAGAUGGUUUCGCUCCUCCACUUUGUAGAUCCCGACCUUUUCAAGGAUAGGAUGGAGGCGAUACGCUACGUGUUCGACCACAAGAUCCACACCCGAAAUCUUACCAACACCGCAUUGCUCUAUGGCGAACGAGUCAGCCGAGCGCGAUCUAUCCUAGAGCCGUUUAUAUUGCAGCGGCAAAAGGACCAGGUCGGUCAAAAUUUGCCCAAGAAGACGCACUCCAUCAUCUACUGCGAUCUACCCCCACGCAGAAGGAGGUCUACGACAGAUACGAAAAGAUGUUCCGAAGCGAGCCGAGCGAGCCUCAAGAAGGCGGCGCUGCAUUUGCAGCUGUUUCGACGGCAUUUUAGCGACGAGACGACCCAGGAGAUGGCAGACAUCCUGUUCAACCGUGUACCGUACAAAGAGCUCGACCUUGCCGAGCCCAAGUUCCACCUCUUGCUCGGGGACUUGCAGAGUCGGUCUGACUUUGACUUGCAUCUGUACUGUCAGGAUUUCCUACCCCUUCUACGCAAGUUCGACGUGCCUAAAGGGUCGUGGAAGGAGAGUGGCAAGAUCCAAAAGCUGCUAGAGCUUAUUGGAGAAUACCGCAAGAACGGCGACCGGGUGCUUGUGUUUAGCAAGUUCACCAAGGUCAUUGAGAUUCUAUCCUAUGUCUUUGGGCAUGAGGAGAUCGAGUAUUCGAACAAAGUCAUCAUCUUCGACAUGUCAUCGAACCCGCAGGAUGAUCGGCAAGCGGAGAACCGGGCGCACCGCCUAGGGCAGACGCGACCGGUGGAAGUGAUUCACCUGAUAGCGCAGGGCACGGUGGAGGAACUUAUCUACAAGGCGUGCCAAAGAAAAUCGAACUCGCGGAGAAGGUGA